GGGUGACAGCCCAUUGUUCUAAUAUUCUCGUCUUCGAUAUCUCACGCACACAUAUGUAUCAAACGCGAAGCUAACUUCAUUGGAAAUGAAUGACUUUUCAAAUUUGUUUAUCUUUAACGUUUGAUCCGUUUCAUACAUUGAAUACAGUAACUUCAGAAGAGCCAUCAAUUCACUGAAAUUUAUUUGAUUAACGCUAAUAAUUUGCUAAAUGGUUCUUCAAUGUUGCGUGCGAGGCUGCGAGACUGUUGGAAAGAGUGGGUUUCACAGUUUUCCGACAAACAAAGUGUCGGCAGAACGGUGGAUUGUGGCAACAAAAUCGCACCAUUUGAUUGAUCGACUUGCAGCAAAUAAACUAUCGAAUUCAUUCUACAAAGUUUGUAGAAAGCAUUUUGCUGAUACCGACUUUACAAAAAAUGGAAAAGGGCAGAUCAUCAUCAAGCAAGAAUCGACGCCAAGCCUUUUCCUGCCCGAUGGAUUUCCAGUUCAUUUACCUACACGAAUGUCAGAAAAGCCCGUGAAUACUGAAGAACGUUCGCAUUUGCCAAUAAACGAUACCUCAAUGAAUCAAUCGAGAACCGACAGUGACAUUGUAGAUGACGACAAUUACAUUGACGUGGAAGGCCUAAGCUCAGAAGAGGAAGUACGCGAAAAGACUGGUCAAAAGCGAACGAAGCGCUCCAAAGAAACGGUUUGUGGAUUAAUUGGAUUCCGUGGGCAGUCUACCUUUUAUGUGUUUUGUUUUGUAUUGUGUUCGUCUUGUAUGUUGUAAAUGUUCAAUAAAAUUAGAGGCAAUGAUAACAAGAAACAAAUGAA